AUGGCGUACGAUCCCGAGAAAGGCCUGGCCGAGGCCAAGUACCCCUCUGCGGAGCAGACCUCGCUAGAGGCAAUCCCGGACAACGGUGUCGGCAUGAUGGCCAAGAUGCGUGCGCUGGAGUCUAGGAUGGACAACAAGCUUGGUAUCGAGUCCGAGGCUAUCAAUCGCAAGCGUCCAGAGGAUAAGAGAAAGGUGCAUUGGGUUGAGGAGUUGUCAAUGGCGUUGCUGUGGGCCAGUGGUACCAUGAACACGUCUUGUUUCGCGACUGGUUUCCUCGGUUGGGAAUUCGGUCUUAGCAUGAAACAGUCGAUCUUGAUCACCAUCUUCGCAUCAAUUCUUGCUGCCACUCUUAGCGGAUUCUGCGCCACGUUCGGAGCGGCCACUGGUCUGCGCCAGAUCAGUGUUAGCCGAUACAGUUUUGGCUGGUGGCCUAAUAAGCUGGUUGCUCUGCUCAACGCUAUUCAGCAGAUGGGCUGGGCUGCCGUUUCUUGUAUCACGGGUGGUCUUGCACUGACUGCGGUUUCCGACGGUCGUGUCUCCUUGAUUCUCGGCAUCGUCAUCCUGGCUGUCGUUGCGCUGGUCAUUUCCUUCGUCGGAUUAAAGGCUAUCCUGUUCUACGAGCGAUGGGCUUGGAUCAUCUUCUUCGUGAUCUUCAUGAUCAUCUUUGGCCAGACUGGCAAGUAUGCCGAUAAUACCACUCCGGCCACUGCCACCGGCGCCAGUUUCGCGGGCGCCGUUCUCAGCUUGAUCGCAGUUGUUUACGGCUCGAGCGCAUCGUGGUGCACUAUGGCCAGUGAUUACUAUGUUCACUAUCCUGUCAACGUGAGUCGCGUGAAGGUCUUCUUCAUGACCACGUUCGGAAUUGCCCUCCCCACCUCGAUCGGCAUGGUCGCCGGCUGUGUGGUCGCUUCUGCUUUGAACAGCAAGCCCGACUGGUCCAGCGCAUACGAGGAGGGAAUCGGCUAUCUCAUUCAAGAUAUGCUCUACCCCCGUGGCUUUGCCAAAUUCCUCCUCACGCUGCUCGUUCUGUCCGGAAUCAACGUGAACGUCAUCAGUAUCUACAGUUCCGCGAUUUCCUUCCAGCAGCUUUCGCGACCGUUUGCUCGUGUUCCCCGAUUCAUUUGGACCAUUUUCUGCUUCAUUUGCAUUCUCGCACUGGCCAUUGGUGGUCGCCAGAAACUCAACACGUAUCUCCAAAAUUUCCUGAGCUUGCUGGGAUACUGGUGCACCAGCUACGCUGUGAUUCUGUUCGAGGAGCACUACAUCUUCCGCAAGGGCAACUUUGACAACUAUGAUUUGGAAGGAUGGAAUGACCCGGCUAGACUGCCUGUGGGUAUUGGUGCAUCCGUGGCCUUUGCCCUCGGUGUUGCGGCUUGGUGUGUGGGCAUGGACGAGACUUGGUUUAUCGGACCUCUAGCGGGAUUGAUUGGUGAUUAUGGUGGUGAUGUCGCUAAUGAGUUUACUUUUGUGGUCACAGCUUUGAGCUAUCUCCCUGCAAGAUACUUGGAGCUCAAGUACGUUGGGCGAUAA